AUGGCGGCCAUCGGAAUGGUGCAGAUGUUAAUCGAAGCAGCUGAAUACCUUGAUCGCAGAGAAAGAGAAGCAGAGCAUGGCUAUGCCUCCAUGUUACCCUUCACCAGCAACAAAGAAAGGGAUGGCUCCAAACGGAAAAAUAAAAACAAGAAAAAUUCCAGCAGCAGGUCCACACACAACGAGAUGGAGAAGAACAGGCGGGCACACUUACGACUGUGUUUGGAGCGAUUGAAAUCCCUCGUGCCUUUGGGACCAGAUUCUAAUAGACACACCACCCUCAGCUUACUAAUGAGGGCAAAGGAACACAUCAAGAGGCUGGAGGAGGGUGAGAGAAGAGCUCAGCACACUAUAGAGCAGCUACAGAGGGAACAGAGACACCUCUGCAGGCGUCUGGAACAGCUGGGCGGAGAACGCUGCCGCAUGGACAGUCUGGGAUCCACGGUGUCCGACAAAUCUGACUCUGACCAAGAUGAAGACGUGGAUGUGGAGGGCACGGACUACCUGCUGGACGACCUGGAGUGGAGUCGGAGCAGCGUGAGUGACUCUGACGAGAGAGGCAGCUCCCGCAGCAGCAGCGGCAGCGACGAAGGCUACUCCAGCGCCAGCCUCCGUUGUCUCGGCAACCCUCAGGAGAAAGACAUGCCCCUGGGCUGCUGCAGCCUAUAAGAGCACAGCCUCAGCUUUGCUCCGCAUACCCACUCCACCCCUUCAACCAGUCUCUCUGCCAGCCUGACCUCACAUGUCCAGCACAACUGACCGAAACUCCUCCAGGGCUGAAUCCUAUUGGCUCCGGCAGCAAGCCACACCUCCGACACUC